AAGUGGUUAACCGGAAACACCAGUAAAACUUGCCACUAAACCAGGAAUUACUCCGCCUUAGAAACAAAAAGCGUAUUAUUAUUAUUUUAUCAACUCUAACAGGUGUCUUAUUGUACCUGACGAUGUCUGCUAAAGCCUGUCAGGACACAGCUGAACACUCCGGGCUGCUCAAGUUGUUCUCCGCCGUGUUUUACGCCGGCAGUUCGUUUCUGAUCACGGUGGUGAAUAAAACCGUCCUGACCAGCUUCAGGUUUCCCUCCUACAUGUGUCUGGGAAUUGGCCAGAUGAUCACCACCCUCGUUGUCCUUUAUGCUGCCAAACGGAGCAAAACAGUCCAGUUUCAAGAUUUUGACAGAAGCAUUUUCUUAAAAGUAAGCAUUUCUCAUUUGUCAAAAAUUCUUCCUCAUCUUUCAUUUUUAUUUAUUCAUUUUUCCACUAUACAACACUGCAUGCCUUUAUUUUCUUGCCAGAUUUUCCCUCUUCCUUUGCUGUAUGUUGGGAACCAUAUAACAGGACUGGCCAGCACCAAAAAACUCAGUUUACCCAUGUUUACAGUGUUACGGAAAUUCACCAUACUGAUGACAAUGAUCUUGGAAGUAUAUAUACUAAGAAAAACAUUUCCAAAACGUCUUGUCUACAGUGUUGUAGCCAUAGUUCUUGGUGCCAUGGUUGCUGCAAGUUCUGACUUGGCCUUCGAUGUGGAGGGCUACACUUUCAUCCUGCUAAAUGAUGCCUUCACUGCUGCCAGCAGUGUGUACACUAAGAAGAAGCUCGGCAUUGAGGGCCUUGGGAAGUAUGGUGUCUUAUUUUACAAUGCACUGAUCAUUGUUAUCCCCACUCUCUUGGCAAGUGCAUUAACUGGAGAUUUGCACCAGGCAGUCACGUUUGAGGACUGGGUUAAAGCCACAUUUAUUUUUUGUUUCCUCAUGUCCUGCUUCAUGGGGUUUGUGCUGAUGUAUUCCAUAGUCCUAUGCAGCUAUUACAACUCCGCACUUACUACCACAGUAGUUGGGGCAAUAAAGAAUGUUGCAGUAGCCUAUGUUGGCAUAUUUGUGGGAGGAGACUACCUGUUCUCUUGGACUAACUUCCUAGGCCUCAGCAUUUGCAUGUCAGGUGGACUCGUGUACUCAUAUUUCACCUUUAACAGCAAAUCAUCUGGAAAUAAGACAGAAGGAGCACAAGAGCUGAAGAUUGAAAUUGCAGAAGGUUCAACAGGGAGCAACUCUACUAACUAAACGGACAGUAUGUCAGCAUUCACCACUUGGUGGCAUUGUUCUGCUUCAUAUUGGAGCAUAAUGUUGCUUUACCUUUUAUAUUUAUUUAAACUCAAAUGAACUGAUUUCCCUGGAUAUAUUACUGGUGCUAUCUAUUUAAAUGCACAACUAAAUCUUGACCGAAUAAACUGAGAAGAAGGGCACAUAAAAUCUGGGUCAGGUUCAGUGAAUGUUUAUUGAAGACCAAAAAUGAUAUAACAGUGUGGACAGUUUUGUCAGAGAAAUCUUACCUUUAAAAUGUGUAAUAAAAUAUCUACUAAGCAA